AUGACCAUGAAAAACAAUCCAGAUCGUACAACCAUUGGCCUUGAGUUUGCCCGUUUGAAAGACAUCAGAGAAAUAUCUCUCAACAAUGAUCUAGUGACAUUUGUCGAAGAGUCCUACGCGUCACUCCAGUCGCGAGGAAUCCCUGUACAACUGGAUCGCUUCAAAAGGUCCCUUCUUCAUUACGCUGCCAUGGGGGACUGCAUAAACCUCCUUCUUUACCUCCUACACAGUGAGCCUGAGAUUGAUUCUCGCGAUCAGUGGGGGCGGACACCCCUCUCCUGGGCUGCAGAGUACGGCUCACUGGACGUUGUGAGAAGUUUAAUAGACCAAGGAGCAGAUGUCAAUGCAAUGGAUUAUGAGGGGGCCACACCAUUGACAUGGCUGCUAUACGCUGGCAGUUUCGAACCUUUUGAAAAGUGGGCCGCUACAGAAGCAUACCUGAGAGAGAGAGGCGCAAGGGAAGAGAUGAUGAGCAGUAUCUAG